AAAAACGGAGAUAUCGUUUAUGGGAGUUUUGGGGUUGGUUCUCUGGUUGUCAGGAUGUUAUUCUCAGCUGAUACGCGGAUUGGGAUUUGUUUGGGCUAUGAUUGUGGAUUUUAGAUUUCGUCUUUGGUUGAUUGGAGUAUCUCCGGAAUUAUAUCAGCGUAUCAGGAUUGAUAUAGGGGUAUUUAUCUGGGGACUGGGUUUUACUCGACAACACCGUCUUUCAUUUUCUCACUUCCUUCUACUUUCUUUCAGUGGUGAUUUGCGGUGGUUAGUAGCGGAUAGAGCUUGGUUUUUGAGGCUAGUGAUUUCUUCAAUGUCUCAAUCAGCGAUUAUGAAGGGCAAGGGUUCGCUGAUGCGUACGGAAGUUGUUAAAAUAUCAAACUCGGUCUUGGCUCAGAGGAUUCAACAGUUUGAUCUCACACUCAUAGGGAGACUGAUGAAUCCAGGGGUGCAACGGAUUGAGUCUUUGCUAUCCACCAUGCCCAAGAUAUGGAAGCUUGAAGACAAAGUGGUGGGAGCUGAUUUGGGUCAAGGAACUUUCCAGUUCAAUUUUGCGGAUGCGGAUGAUCUUCAAGGGGUUCUUCAGAAUGGUCCUUACCAUUUUGAUAGUUGGAUGCUUUCCUUGGUUAAGUGGGAGCCCAUUGUAUCUCCUACUUAUCCUUCUGCCAUCAACUUUUGGGUGAGAGUUUCUGGCAUUCCGAUGCAUCUGUGGGAGGUUGCUACUUUGGAGGCCAUUGGCAAGAAGAUUGGUAUAAUCCGAGAUAUUGAUGAAGAAUCUGGGAGCGUUUGUGUUACGGUAAAUGGCUUCAAUCCUAUUGUUUUCAAGCUGUUGGUGCCGUUCGAAUCUGGAGAUGAAGUGGUGGUGACUCUUGAGUAUGAGAAACUAUCCGGCUAUUGUGAAAAUUGCUCUCGUCUUACCCACGAUGAGAAGAGUUGUCCAGAGUUGAUUAAAGCUGGUGGGAGUCACGUGUUUGAGCAUCAUCCUGAGAAGAGAGGUGUUCAGCGACAACAAGGGAUGGGGAAUCAAGGGGUUUUCCACAAUGCUGGGGGCUGGGAGAAGCCUAGAAAGGUAGUCAAGAGAGCUUUGGACUUCCAAGCUUAUGAGUUUUCUGCUGGGGCGGGUAGUUCCAGUUUGUUUCAUCAGGUUCGUCACCAUGGCUCAGGGAGGGAACAGAAACGGACGUACAGUGCAGUUGCAAGCGGGUCAGGAGAUAUGCGGGAGAUUCAGAGGGGUCAUGGAGGAUACAUGGGACAGGCUAAUUCCUUCCCCCUUAACCGCAAGGGGAAAGGGAAAGCUUGAAACCGUUGUACAAGACAAAAAGCGGUUUCUUAGAGAAACAGUCACAAGGGGUUCUUGGUGUUGAUCCUGACGUGGUUGAUCAAGGAAUUGCUCAACAAGGAAUAGCUAGGGAGAGUUCUCCUCCUCAUGGGACUACUGCGGUUUUGGUUGAUUCUGAGUUUGAUGAAGCGACUGAUGAUCUUCUCGAGGAGGGUGUUACCUCACAUGGUAACCUUCCAGAAGAGGGUGAGAUUGCGCUCGACCAGGUGAAUGCGGGUUUGGGAGACUUGGGUUCGGGUGAUGUUAUCCCCAAUGUGGAGGAUCCGAAAGGUGAAGGUAACAAACAGAAUGGGAUGGGAAAACAAGGGAACAAGGCUGUGGAUGGAAAACCGGCUGGCAUUGGUAUAAGACCAGCAAAGAUAGG